UUGGGUGACUUAAGUGUCCCCACAAAUAAACUUUACAACACUCUUAUCUCCACCUGCUCACACUCAGUGAUGUCCGUAUGUCGGCCCCCUCAGCUGCCCUCUUUCAGUUUACCAAAGGGCUGGGUUUCCUUGAAAUUGUAAAGACCCUGGGAGGGUUUGGGAUAAGGGACAAAUAGAGGCCUCAUCUGACCACCCCUUCAAACUCCUGCCUGAGGUUGCCCACAGGGAGAACAGUGAGCAGAGCUGCAGUUCACAAGGUCACCAUGGCAACCUGUUGUCCAUCAUAAUGGACAUACCUCAGCAGGUGGGGUGAAGGUGCAUAAGUAGUGGGGCCAUCACCCCACAGCCAACCACUUGCUACUUGGACCCACAGGGCAGGUAUCAGGUGGCUGCUUGCAGGUGCAAGAUAUAUUGAUUAAAGCGUGAGUAGAGCUGAGGUUGGGAGUGCCGAGGACCCUGAGCACGGGAGGAAGCAGAGGAGGUGUUGGCUUGAGGUGGCCUGAAGUUUAUGGGCCCCAGGAUGCUGGGUCCCAUGUACGCCAUCUUCCUGCUGCUGCUGCUGCCGUCUCCGCUCCUGACCACCAGGAGCACCCCCGACCCCUACCUCACCCAGGACCAAGGUCACCACCCCAGCUCCAGGCUCCAGGAGAGCCCAGCAGAUGGGGAAUCCUGCUGGAGCAUUUACGACCUGUACUUCGUCUUGGACUCAUCACGCAGUGUAAAUGACAACUGGGAGUUCACACAGAACUUUGUGCAGGAUUUGGUGAACAGAUUUAAAAACCCCAAACAGCGUAUGUCGUUCAUCACCUACUCGACACACAGCCGCAUCCACAUGAAGCUGACCUCGAACAGAAAAAGAAUAAACAAUGCUCUUGUCGAAUUGCUCAAUGUACGACCUACCGGAGCCAUAAAUAUGCAGCACGGAUUGGAAAAGGCCAAUGAGCAGAUCAAAAGAACACGUGCUGCAGGAGAGAAGCUUCCCAGCCUCAUCAUCGUGCUGACAGGUGAACAACUGCUGCCAGAAUCAUUUACAGAGACACAAGUUGAAGCUGCAAAAUCCAAGCAGUUGGGGGCAACUCUGUAUUUCGUGGGUGUGCAAAAUUAUCAGCUAUCCCAGCUAUUAGAAAUUGCUGGUGAAGAGGAUCAUGUGUUUGGAGUAGACGGUGGUUACAGUGGACUGGAAGACAUCGUUGACCCACUCAUAGCGAGGUCAUGUGUGCAGAUUACGUCUGUGGAUUUCUCUGCUAUCUGCACUAGAGAUAAAAAUGAAGUCAAGGUUAUUGGAAAAGGUUUUGAAAACAUACAGAAGGAUGAAGUUGUCUGUCGAUUUCGACUUGGAAAGGAAACCGUAGGAAUAGAGGCUGUAUCUGUGCAAGAUACCUCUGUUACAUGCCCAGGACUGAAGAUAAAUAACUGGGGCCAGGCUGUCUUCAUCGAUAUCAGCCUGAAUAAUGGCCUCACCUUUAUCAAGACCGAUUUUGAUGUCAGCAGGAGGAACUGUGUGACUUCCAGGAAGGGGACCCCACCUGCCCUACUGGGUGCCGUAUCACCAACUGCGCAACAACGUGACCUUCCAGAUACUGUGCUGAGAGACACACAGGAUAUUGACCCAGAUAUAUGGUCUCCCAGUCCAGUUUUAUUCAUUUUCAACCCUCUCUUCUGCACUGUGAUUCUCCUGAUGCUGUCCUUUAUCCUGCUGGUGUACUGUACCUGCCAAUGCUGCAUUCAAUGAUGGCUCUCUCCUAAGGGACAGGGUGCGACUCCUUGGUCCUUGAGUUCUCCCAGCAAACAUUGCGGAGUGGCCAGGAAGUGACAGGUGCAGGGCAAUAGCUACAGCGUCCCCACCCCGGGAGCUGCCUGGAAGGAAGCAGACACUGUUUUCUCUUUCUAGAGCCUGGCGUCACCAGGACAGAAGUGCUGCACAGUAAUUAUGUCAUGUUGUAAUAAAGACGAAACGACAGCGCAGGUGGAUCGGUGAGAACAAACUGAACGGCAUGAAGCCCACGCAGGGCAGGGACGGCCAGGGAAGGUCUGUGCCAAGUUCUUUCUGCCAUGAACACUCCCCGGAAAUACAGGUGAUUCUGCUGUCCCCCUGCUGACGCCCGUCGUGGAUCAUCCUGCCGCACACAGCAUCAACCCAGCUGCCAUUGCUCCAUCCCCAGCAGCACGUGCUCAUGGUGCCAGGGUGCCCAACCUGCCCAGCUGAAUGAUGCCACUCAUACCUGCUGCAGCUUGGACGCUCCGGAAAGCCGCCCUGCAACUCUCACCCCAUAACACGAUCUCUACAGCACCAAAACCCCAA